UGAUGUUAUUGCAAGCAUAACUAAUUUCAUGUAUUAAGUGACAAAUUUUUUUCGCAGUGAGAAAUUUUUUUACUUAUCGUAAUUAUUUUCUGUAAAUUUAAUCUGAUCCGUUUUUGAAAAACUCGUCAAAAAUAAUUUGUCUUUGUAUCUUCUUUUGAACAAUGCACAUAAUAAAAGAAGUAAAAACUAUAAAGAUAUUCAAAGGCUAUUACUAUUUCGACGUUACCGACGACAUUAAAAAGCGCGCUUAAAUAUCUCUGGAGUUAAGUAUCUGAAAUAUAUAUUCAAGAACAUUCAGUACGGAGUAUACCACGGAACGUAACGCGAGUCCAGCAUCACUGUUCGAAAAUUAUAAUAAGAAGGACCGCGUGGUUCGUGAUGGCCGAUAAAGGAAGAGAGGAUUUGUUGCAACAAGUGAAAGAACAAGGAGAUCUUGUACGAAAAUUAAAAGCUGCUAAAGGAAAUAAAACUCAGGGAUCCUCAAAUAUAUUGCCUGAUUUAGAAACCUUAAACAAUGAAUUUGCGGAUAUCAGCUAUGUAUGCGGCUGGAUCCCUUCAUCUAAAGACAAUCAGCUUUUCAAUUUAUGUACAAGUAAUUAUAAUGACAAUUUUGCAAAGUGGCCACACUUAAAUCGAUGGUAUAUUAACAUGAAAAGUUUUACUGAAGCUGAACGUUUAAACUUUCCUGCCAUGGAAGCAUCACUUACUUCCUUGGCAAUAAAACUUGAGAAUAUUGGCGAUAUUUCCUGUUGUAAUAAUAUUCUUGAUAAAAAGAUAGCUGAUGAGGUUUCAAAACUGCUGGAGUUAAAAGCACAAUUAGGAGAGGAAAAUGCUGUUCAACAUAAACUUAUACUUAAAACACCAAAAGGUACAAGGGACUAUAAUCCAGAACAUAUGUCAUUACGACUUGGAGUCUUGGAGAAAAUAAUUUCAGUAUUUAAACGUCAUGGUGCUGAAACUAUAGAUACACCUGUUUUUGAAUUAAAGGAUGUUUUAACAGGGAAAUAUGGUGAAGAUUCUAAAUUGAUCUAUGAUUUAAAAGAUCAGGGAGGUGAAAUACUUGCUCUUAGAUAUGAUUUAACAGUACCUUUUGCUAGAUACCUUGCUAUGGGAAAAAUAUCCAGUAUUAAAAGAUAUCAUAUUGCCAAAGUUUAUAGAAGAGAUAAUCCGGCUACAACAAAAGGACGUUACAGAGAAUUUUAUCAGUGUGAUUUUGAUAUUGCUGGUCAAUAUGAUCCUAUGAUACCUGAUGCUGAAUGUAUUCGUGUAGUCUCAGAUGCAUUGGAAUCUCUGGAUCUAGGAAAAUUUAUAAUUAAAUUAAAUCAUAGAUCAUUACUCGAUGCUAUAUUUGCUACAUGUGGUGUUCCACAAGAUAAAUUCAAAACUAUUUGUUCUUCGGUUGAUAAGUUAGACAAAACAUCUUGGGAAGAAGUAAAGAAAGAAAUGGUAGAAGAAAAAGGUCUAAAUGAAGAGACUGCUGAUAAAAUUUGGAGUUAUGUGUCUAAAUCUGGAGGUGUAAACUUAAUAACAGAAUUAAGAAAAGAUGAAAAUUUAAUGAUACAUAAAUCUGCUGUAUUUGGAUUGGAUUCUAUGGAAUUAUUAUUAAAAUACUGUAGCAUUUAUAAAAUUAUAGACAAGUUAGUUUUUGAUCUAAGUCUUGCACGAGGACUUGACUAUUACACAGGAGUAAUUUAUGAAGCAAUUUUAUCUGGUGAUGAUGUCGGUGUCGGUAGCGUAGCCGGAGGUGGUCGUUAUGAUAAUUUAGUCGGAAUGUUUGACAGCAAGAAAAAAACCGUACCAUGCGUAGGUGUGUCGUUAGGUGUCGAACGUAUUUUUAGUGUCUUAGAAGCUAAAAUGGCAAAUGAAGGUGUAAAGAUACGAACAACAGAAGUAGAAGUAUUUGUAGCUAGUGCUCAGAAAAAUUUACACGAAGAAAGAAUGCGCGUUUUGUCGGAUCUUUGGGAUGCUGGUAUUAAGGCUGAACAGGCGUACAAGAAAAAUAUCAAAUUAUUAGCACAAUUGCAGUAUUGUGAAGAAUAUGGUAUUCCUUUAGUGAUAAUACUUGGCGAGGGAGAGAUAGCGAGAGGUGAAGUCACCCUAAGAGAAGUUACUACACGAAAGGAAGUUCCAAUACCAAGAAAUCAACUUAUCGAUGAAAUUCGGAAACGGCUACAAAACUCAACAUAGCGAGCAAAUUAUGAUUAUUUAUUCUUUUUUUUGUUUAUAGUUAGAUCAACAAUAAACAUGUACAUUGCAUUUUAACUGAGUAACGAUUUUCUCAUUUGAAGUACAUAAAUACAAAUUUGCAUUAUUUACGGCUAUAAGCCAUAUUAUAUUUACCUAAUGAAGAUAGUCAUUUUUUUAUGACACACCUCGCCAAAUAUAAAAUAUAUUAACAAGAAAACAUUGUAAUUUAUUAUAUGUAUUAAAUAAAAAAAAAUGUUCAUUUUUUAAACUGUUUAUAUCUUUUACAUAGCACGUAUGGUUAAAUUUCUAACAAAUUAAUAAAGAUUAAAAUCGUUUUAACAAACUUUGUUAGAAUAUUAUUACUAUUAUUGUCAUUAUUGUAUUGCAAUGAGUAGUUCGAGAAACCUUUUAUAAUUUGAACGAAUGAAAUAAAUACUAAGUAUUGUAAUACAUGAUGAUAUAUACAAUAUAAUUAAAGUUUUUUUUUUUUUAUUAUA